GAAAAGUCUAAAAUGAUGUGAUCUAAACUCCUCAUUUUCAAGGAAGAAGCCAGGGCCCAGAAAUGGAAAGUGAUCACAGAGCCAGGAAGGUGGCAAAACUGGAACUCGGUCCAGUCUUCCUGGUUUCUAGGGCCCCUCCGUUUUUCACUGAAGGACCUACAGUUGUCUCUACCACCCUUCCCUGCCUUUGGAGAGGCCAGACAAGUGGUCAAGGCUGUCCUGGUCCUUUCUGGUGGGAGCUGACCACCAAAGGGGCUAAUUUUCUAUCAUCUAAACAUACCUCACAGGCUGAGCUUCCUUCCAAUCCUUGUGUUAACCACCAUCCCUCUGUCCCUACAGAUGAAACCGAGUCCUCUGAGACAUUCCUUAACACAGUUGAGCCCUUGGUGCCCCUGGAUAAUCACAUCCUUGAGGAAGGGGAACCUUCAAGCCAGGAUCCCAAGGACUUAGAAGAGCUGGAGGACAAUGAGAUCACCAAAAAGAGAUUUUCCUUCCAGGGAGAAAAUAUAGACAACAAAGUCUCCAUGUCUAGCACAGCCCAAGGCAGCAUCUUUGAGAAGACUGAAGUCUUGGCAGCUCUGAUUGCUGGUGGUGCUGUGGGUCUCCUGUUUGCCAUCUUCUUGGUCCUGCUGCUCAUCUACCGAAUGAAAAAGAAGGAUGAAGGCAGCUACGAUCUGGGCAAGAAGCCCAUCUACAAGAAAGCCCCUACCAAUGAGUUCUACGCAUGAGGCAGAGCAUAGACUUUUGGGACUGUAGGGGGGAGGUUGGCACCUAGGUGGGAGGGGGAGGCACUGACCAGCCAGUGUGUCUCCACUGUUUCUUUCUACUUAUUUCCCCCUCUUUCCACAAAGUGGGUGCUUUUACAUUUGGCAGGGUGGGGCUGUUAUAUAAGAGAACAUUUUCUUCAUCCUCAUCCCUCCCACCCCAUUCCCUUCCAGUUCCUCAUAUCUGUCUGAGCCUCAGUUAUUUCAUAUGAAAAAUGGCCAUAAUUUCCCAGCCCAAAAGUCUAGAUAAGGAAAUUCUUGGAAAUCUCUUCUAGCUCUGAUCUUAGGAGCUUAUGAUACCUGGUCUAAUAUUGGGCAUUUUGGAGUCUUAACUUGAGAAGGGACAGUUGGGGGAGGGAGAGGGAAUUACUAGACCCAACCAUUUCUUGGGACAGUGUAGGCAGGGCCCUAUAGGUCUCUCAUAUCUGUCCAGGGCAAGCUAUCCUUUUAUGUUGGGGUGGACCAGCGCUACCCCAUAUCUUCAAGACAUUGUCAUUAGUAAGGGAGAGGGAGAUGGAGCUAUUAACACAUAGAGAUGUUUAUGAACACCUCAUAGCAGUGCUCUACCCUAGGGUGGCAUCAGGGAAAAGAGAUAGUUGGGAAAUAGCAGCUUUUAUCCAAGGAGAAAAUCUGGGCUAAUCUUGACCUGGCCUGUCAAGAACCCCAUUUGUAAUUUCUUUUGUGGGGAUGGGAUGAGCAGGUAGAGAAGGGGGUAUAAACACAGGUGAAUGUUUAUUUAGAAGUGGUUCAUAGAGUUUUCUCUUAAGAGGAAAAAAGAACUUAAAAAUGUUUUUUCCACUUUUUGAAGAGUUCAUUCCUUGGGGUGGAGGCUGCUCCUGCCCUGGUGCAUGGUGGGAGAUGCAGCUUGGGUGGGCCUUCCCUCCAGCAUUUUCCUAGCACCUGCUGUGGCCUGUCUAUUUAUGUGUCUUUAUUUUUUUUUUGUUUUGUUUUGUUUUUGUUUGAAAUGAGGAGAGAGCCUGAGGUGUGAUUUUUAUGAAAAUUUUUUUUAUUAUUUAUAGACACUCCUUACCUCUCUGAUCCCUUCCUUCCUUUUUGAUAUUUCAGACACUGUCCUUAACCUCAACCCCUUCCAAGGUUAUCCUCCCACAUCAAGAAAAGAGGUUCUUGCAGAUCCCAAACUAUGUUGGUGUUGUGGGCAAUGGUGGGCCUUUGUUUAUCUUAGCAUGUAAUAUAUUGUUCCUCUGCCUCAGUUCUAGAUAGAUAUAUUUUUCAAGUAAAGUAUGUGAUUUAAAGAGUAUAAAAUAGGCUGGGUGGGUGAGUGGGAGUUCAUGAGUGGUUGACUUCAGCUCUCCUUUUCCUGACCUCUUCCUUUGGUGCCUUCUUCCAAUUUGGAUGGUGGCAGUUGCGCCAUAGUGUUGAGAGUUGGUUGGCCCUGGUCAGAGAUCCUGGAGGGAGGGGACUUUCCUGGGAUUAAUGAUGGAGGCACAGUCCCAAGCUGUCUUCUUAUGUGAGAGCAGAAAAAUCCCAGGGAGCCAAUCCCAAGGACUUCUGGUGAAGAGAGCAGGGCCUUCUGGGGGCUCCCUUUCCUACCACCACCCUGCUGGCUGGGGUGGGCAGCUCUUCUGAAUCUGCCCUUGUUCUUGCUCCCUUGGGACAGCGGCUCCCUGAUCUGAUUUUUUUUCCCUACCGCUGCCUGCCCCAGGACUCCAGCUGGCUGGGUCUCUUCCCUCUUUGAUUACCUCUUCUCCCUCCCCCCAACUCCCAUUGCCCACUGCUGUGACUGAGUGGUGGGAGUGGGCACCUCCUGUCUUUUUGUAGUUGCUUUUCCUUGUGUCUGUUACGGAUAUUUUGGAUAAAAAUAAAAAGCUUUCUCAAGCCCUCA